AUGCGCCUGCCAUCGAAAGAGCACGAUGCAGUCAAUCAUAUCGCCUUCGCCACCACUACGGACGUCUUCUACGCCAAAUUCGCUCACACUGAGAAAAACCUCUUGCACGGGAAGAAGAACCUCGCACGCGUUCUCGACGGCUCACACUGCAUACUCGCUGGAUUCGGAAUGCCGCGCCUAGCCCUUCACCUCCACCGAUCAUGCGGGUUCCACGUGGAGGGCGUCGAAUUCCUGGCGACAGGGGCCCUCAAGGAGGUGCGGUGUGCAAGGACGAUCGACACGCGCAACCUCCCAGAUCCCCAUCUCGCGUGCUUGUCACAGCUUAUUCUCAAUGUCGAGCUUCUGGAAGGGGAACGCUCGUCAACAGCGGAAGGCGAAAUCGAGGGUGUGGAGGUCGGCGUAGACGGCCAGCUCGUCAUCCAGAAUGCCAGAUUUAAUACCCGCGUCAGACGCAGCAAACAGACCUCCAUCGUCAUAGAGAAUAAGCAAGGGCACAGUGUCGUCGGCCAAGCGGUACGCGCCGACGGCAAGAAGACCACGCUGAAAGUCACCGGGGGGAACCUCCGCGGGGACAUUAAGAGCGUACGCGUGGAAGGGCGCGAGGAGCUUACAAGCGCAGAGCUUGCUCGCGACGAGUUUGUCCUCCUUCUUCUGCAGGGCGUCUUUCCGUCUCUCGUCGAGUCGCCCUACAUUCGUAUGCUGUGGUUUUCGACUGAGAAGUCGCCGCGCUAUGAGCCGACGGCCAUUCCACCGUUUGAUCCGAAAGUCUUCAAGCUUAAUCAAUCCCAGGAGCGGGUCGUGGGCGCGAUGCAGGGGGAAAACGAACCGCUAGUUAUCGUCCACGGUCCCCCAGGUACUGGUGAAACGAGCACGAUCGCAGCUGCCCUCCAUCUAUGGCAAGUCGAGCGACGCCCAGUCUGGGUCAUCGCGCAGUCGAACGUCGGGGUGCAGAAUAUCGCGGAGAAGCUUCACGAGAAGGAGAUCGACUUCAAACUACUCGUAUCGAAAGAGUUUCAUUUCGAAUUGCACCAGGACCUGUACAAGGGCCUUGAACAGCAGUUCAUCCGCUCAGAUGAAUUGUUUACGCCGGGAGCGGAUGUGGUGCGCGCGCUGGGGACGUCGACCAUCAUGCUGUGCACAAUCUCAAUGUUGUCCAACCCUGCGAUCGACGAGUGUGGGAUCUUCCACAUCAUCCCUGUUGAGAGACUCGUCGUGGAUGAGGCGUCGCAGAUCGAUACGUUCGAAUUCAUGGUAAGCAGGGCCUCGCAAUAA